GCCGCUUCACCUCCUAUAAAACCAAAGUUUUCAGCUUUACACCGUCUUCUUGCCCGAGCCCUCAUCGGAAAGCGGCCAUCACCUCCCAAUUUCCGUUCUCCUGUGUGCUUUUAGCCAUGUCGAGAAAUAAGAAGGUAAGAGAGCCAAAGGAAGAAAUUACUCUUGGACCUGCUGUGCGUGAAGGAGAACAUGUCUUUGGUGUUGCCCAUAUUUUUGCAUCAUUUAAUGACACUUUCAUUCAUGUCACUGAUUUGUCUGGAAGAGAAACCAUGGUUCGUAUUACCGGUGGUAUGAAGGUGAAAGCUGACAGGGAUGAAUCUUCACCGUAUGCUGCUAUGCUUGCAGCUCAAGAUGUCUCACAGAGAUGCAAGGAGCUUGGAAUUACUGCUCUUCACAUCAAGCUACGGGCUACAGGAGGGAAUAAAACAAAGACCCCUGGACCAGGUGCUCAGUCUGCCCUCAGGGCACUUGCUCGCUCAGGAAUGAAAAUUGGCCGAAUUGAGGAUGUGACUCCAAUUCCAACUGACAGCACUCGUAGAAAGGGUGGUAGAAGAGGAAGAAGGCUGUAAAUGGGCACCAGAUACAUUGGCAACACUCAGUCCAUUUUUUUUUUUUUUUCUGGCUAUUUGAUGAAAUGCUUGACUCAGACAAUUUUUGUAGACUUGUUAGUCAUUUACUUUUCAUGGAAUUAUUGUUUAACAUGGCAAAUGUAAUGUUAUGAAAUCUACCUUGGCUUCCUUCUCUCUUAAUA